AUGAGAUUAAGCCUGAGAGCAUUCUUUGGCGUUCGCCAUGGCAUGACUUCUCUCUUGCCUGUUUUUUCUCUGUUACUGUUGUUGUUCGUUGACACCAGAAUUACUGACUUCCUGUCACAGACGCGAAAAUCAAGCUCCGCCAAAGUGACUUCAGGCUUCGUCCACGGUGGAACCAAGCAGGAAUCAGGUUAUAUCAACGGUGAAACUAAUGAGACCGUAGAUUUCACCCAAGAUGAAACCAGUCAGACCUCUGAUUUUAUCAACGGUGGGACCAAUCAGAACUCUGAUUUCACCCAAGAUAGAACCAAUCAGAACCCUGAUUUCACCCAAGAUAGAACCAAUCAGAACCCUGAUUUCACCCAAGAUAGAACCAAUCAGAACUCUGAUUUCAGUCAAGAUAGAACCAAUCAGAACUCUGAUUUCACCCAAGAUAGAACCAAUCAGAACUCUGAUUUCAGUCAAGAUAGAACUAAUCAGAAGUCUGAUUUUAUCAACGGUGGAACCUACCAGACCUCAGAUUUCACCCAAGAUGGAACCAAUCAGACCUCAGAUUUCCUUCAGAACUGGACGAAUCAGAUUUCUGAUUUUGUUCAAGAUGGCGACGAUAUUGUGCCUGCCGAGCCGAACGUGAAGAAGAAAGUCAUUCUCUACUGGACAAAAUGGUACAAGAAAACGAAGUGGGAAGAUAGAUAUGCUAAUUCUCUUUCUCGCACUACAGUUGACAUUGAGAUUGGCAUUCACCCAUUCAAACCAAAUAUUAAUUCCAGGUUUGGAACCAAGGGAACUUACGAGACUGCUGGAUGUACGAAGUACCGGUGUGAGUUCACCCACGACAGGAGUAGGUUGCCUGAGGCCAACGCUCUGCUCUUCAAGUCUGAUACGCUCAGCGCUGACGAUCUUCCAACCCGUUUCCCGGACCAGCGUUGGGUGUGGGUGGAAGUGGAGGCACCCAUAGUAUGGCGAGGAGAGAAAGCGCUCUCUACUCUCAAGGAAAUUGGGAGCCAUCAGUUCAACUGGACCAUGAGUUACCACACGUCUUCCGACAUCAUGGGUGCUAAUGGAUACCUUCUGUCUCGGAAUUCCUCCAUGCCUUUGCGUGCAAAUCAGCUGUCAUACCACAGUGACACAUUAGACCGAUACCUUCGUGCAAUGGCAGCCAACACUACUCUAGAAGACACAAUGGGACCUGACUGGGCAGAUUUUAUAGAAAGACCAAAACCAGUCGUGUGGAUAUCAAGCAACUGCAAAACGGACUCGAGAAGGGAAGAUUACGUAAAGGAACUCUCCAGAUUCAUAAACGUGGACAAGUUUGGCAAAUGCGGAUGGUAUAAAUGCGGGAAGCCCUACCAAGCAUUCGAAGAGAAGUGCUGGAAGACGAUCCUGAAAAAGAAGUACCUUUUCUCUCUGGCCUUCGAGAAUAGCCUGUGCAAUCACUACCUGUCAGAGAAACCUUACAAUCCUUUGAAGUACGGAUUGGUUCCAAUUGUUUGGGGAGGUGAUGGAUACGAAGAGUUUUUGCCGCCUGGGUCCUUCAUCAACGCCCGGUUGUAUCAUCCAAGAGAACUGGCUAAAUUACUCAACAAGUUACAAAGAGAUCCGGUGGCUUAUGGAAGGUAUCACGUCUGGAGGAAGUACUGGAAAGCCCUCGUCAGGGGGAACUUAUGUGAACUGUGCCAUCGUCUCCACACAGAUCCCGUGAGAGGUCAUCACGUAGACAUACCUGCGUGGCGCCAGAAAGCAGAGCAGUGUGUUGUCCCACCAAAGAAUAUGUUUAGAUCUUCUGCUUGGAAGACAAUCAUUCAUAAUAGAAAAUAAAAGAAAUGUCAUUUCACUUUUUGGUAUUAUGUUCCUAACACUUUCUGCUGCUUAAUAUCGUAUUAUCUGUUACCGACUGAACACCUUCCCACAACGAGAACCUACAGUGAUUAUUCAAUUAAUAUGGCGUGUAGAUCCAACUUACGUUAACAGUGAGAUCCCUUCUUAGCGCAACUGUGGGGUUUUCUCCAGUUCUGCCUAUACAACCUUGUAACAAACAAACAAACAAAAUUGUAAUGUGUACAAGAAAAGUACAAAUAAAGCAGUGUUAAGAAUUAAAAGUAAUCAUUCGGCCAAUUAUUUCUAUAGUCUUGACAUUACUUUU